AUGAUCUUCGGCGACAGCUCGUCGCGAAAAUCCACAGAGUCGAACAAGGAAGCGUUACAGAUUUCCGGUAAAAGGGAUACAAUAAAUUCUACACCACCGACAUACUUCGUAAUCUCGGACCCAUACAAGCCAAUCGAUUGGACACAAAAUUCUUUCAAGACAUCGCCGUAUCCCAAAUCGACAAUGGAGCCAGAACGAAACUUAAAAGAAGUCCUUAUUUACGACUUCGGUUUUGAAGCUACUUCCAGCAACCACAGCGUCUUUCACGACUCGGAUUUCAUUGAUUCUUUCGACUCAAAGCUCAUGGAACCCAGCAGAGCUCUUGUACGAAGUCUAGGUACCGAUUGCGCAAUAUCGUUCGCAAGGCAGGAAAGACGAGCAGGAUUUCACAUGGCUUGGAAUUGCUUCGCAUUCGCCCUCACUGGUGAGCUGAUCAUCGUGGUUCCUAUGCUUAUGUUGAUUGUUGGACAUGCGACUACAAAGGCUUUGGGUGCUGCCCUCUUUGCGAAAACGGACCCCACAAAUCUGCUCACGGUGAUGGCAGUGUAUCCUGCUGUUUUGGUCGUGUUGAUUGCAAUCGAGGCGCCGGUGGCAAGUCCACAUUGA